AUGCGCCUCUCUCGCAUAGCCAUCAUCUUUCAAAGCGCGAGCAUCUGCACGACAAGCCUUGCCGCCCGCUAUGUGAGACAUAUUAAUGAGGCAUAUAAGGUAUUUAAUUGUGAUAUUGAACUUGAGCAAGAGGAAUAUUCACGGAUAUAUCAUGAGAAAAUACUUGAUUCAGCUACUAUUGGGACUUUGAGUGAAGAACUCAAUGAUCUAGUUGGAAACACCAGAGAUACGAGGAAUGUUCAGUUCUAUGACCAAGACAACGGUGACUACGAGUAUAUCCUUCUUUCAACAAAAAGCCAUAGAUCUUACGUCGGAAAUGAUCUUAUUAAAAUUGAAUACAUACUCGUCAUCGACCGGCAAGGUCGUGCAUGUGCCAUGAUGAUGAGGAAGACUGUAAAACCAUUCGGAGAUAGGGACGGAAGUGCAACACGAAGAUUUUACAGCUUGUGCCAAGUUGGCUCCAGAUAUCUCACAUAA